ACCUCGCUGACCACCGUGCGCAACUCACCCGCUCGUCGCGGCCUUUUCCCGUAUUACAGCGCUGUGUGUCGUUUUUUCACAACGUCAGAGGAGUGAGUGUGCGGAAUAGAACAGCGCGUUUCUUUCUUCGGGCUUUUCGGCGUGUCGCGAGCAAAUUCGCGCUUCGCAAAGCGGUUCUACGGCGUGCGUGUACGGUGCAGUGGUGCUUUUCCCAAGCGCACGGCGUGCACACACUAGUGGCAGACAGGCAGGCCAACGCGCAUCAUUGUUGCAUCUGGUGUGAUUUAAGCAGUACAGUGUAGAGUGUAUACGAUCGUAGUGGAUCAUCAGUCAGUGGGGUAAUUACCCUUCCGUACGGCGAAAGUGUUCAGUUAGUGCGAAAAAGAAAAAGGUUGUGCACCGUACGGAAGCACAGGUGUGGAACGUUUCAUCGUCUCGCCGCAGACACACGCGGUCUUUGACCGCUAAUAGACACCUGAGAGAAUCAUAAAGUGAGCGAGUCAAGGCGGCUUCAAGAUGAGUUGCCCUAUGCCGGAAAUUGGUUCCUGCAUCUCGCUGAUAUCGAAAGCCGAUAUCCGCUAUGAGGGAUUGCUGUUCACCGUCGAUCCGGAGCGAUGCACGAUCGCCCUUGCACGAGUGAAGUCGUACGGUACGGAGGAUCGGGAAACACAGUUCCCGAUUGCGCCGCAGAACCAAUGCUACGACUAUAUCCUGUUCCGCGGGUCGGAUAUUAAGGAUAUUCGGGUGAUCAACAACAACCCGGUCCCGAAUGAUCCGGCCAUCAUGCAGAUGCAUCUGCCGCCGCAGCAGGGUCCGCAGAUGCCGAUGCCGAACAAGCUGGGCCAACCGAGCUAUCCGUCGCAGCAGGGCUUUAUGAUGCCGCAGAUGGGUGGCCCACCGACCGGUGGACCGCCCGGUGGUCCGAUGGGUGGCGGCCCACCCGUAACCGGUGGCCCGAUGGGCGGACCACCGCCGCCUGGUCAUGCACCACAGAUGGGAGGGGGUGGUGGCAGUGGCCAACCGUACAAUGCAUUUGGCGGCGGUAUGAACAAUCUCGGAGGAAGUGGAUCACGUUCGGGCACACCGAGCAACAUGCUGUCGCGCAAGAGUCCAACCGUGGACAUCGCUGUGCAGACGAACCAGCAGCAGCAGCAGCAGCAGCAACAGCAGCAGCAGCAUCAGCACGGCCAGCCACAAUCUCAGCAACAGCAGAUGAUGCAGCAGAACAACAACCGUGACGGUGGUGGCAACAAUCAGCGCAACAAAAACAACAACAACAACCAGCACCGAGGUGGUGGUAAUCAUCAGAACAACAUGCGAGAGAGACGCGACUCGGGCAAGCAGCAGCAGCAGCAGCAGCAGCAGUCGCAACACGGUGGAAACGACAAUCAGAUGAAGGAAAAUUACAAGCCAAGACAGCAGCAUCAGCAACAACAGCAACAGCAGCAGCAGGGAGGCCAAAACCGUACCGGUUGGAACAAUAACCGCAACAACCAUCAGAACCACCAGAACAACGGUGGCAACAACAACAUCGUACGCCGUCCGCGUGGCAACAUUGGCCAACCGCAGCAGCAACAGGGUGGUACCGGUGGUACCGGUGGACAGCGUGCAAAGAAUUUGCUUAAGUUCGAAAACGAUUACGACUUCGAACAGGCCAACAGCAAGUUCGAAGAGCUACGAUCGCAGCUUUCUAAACUUAAGGUGGGCGAAGAGUUGAAACCGGAGCAGAUCACUACCACAACUACCACCACCACAACCACGACCGAACCACUGGACAAGAAGGACGAUUCGGGCAACGAAACUGGUGCCGGCGAGCAUGAGCAGGAGGAGGAAGACGUGAUCUGCUACGACAAGGCCAAGUCGUUCUUCGACAACAUUUCGUGCGAGGCGGUGGAGCGCGCGAAGGGUAAGCAGCAGCGUACGGAUUGGCGCCAGGAGCGCAAGCUAAACACGGAAACAUUCGGCGUUGGAUCGACCAGACGUGGCGGAUACAACCGACGAGGUGGUUACUACCACCGUGGCAUCAACUACCACCGCGGAGGCAACAACUACCGCGGCGGCAACAACUACCGAGGCCGCAGUGGCAAUCGUCAGCUGAACGGUGGUAACGGCAUGUCGCAUAACCGCUCGUCGACCGGUGGAACGCAGCAAAACGCGUCCAACAACGGCAACGCCGGUGGACAGCCCCAGUCGAAUCAGCUCUCGUCGGCUGCAGCACCACCCACUAGCCACCAGGAGCAGCAACCAGCGGUCAUAGAAGUGGCGGCAGGCAAAUAAUGCCACGGAAAUGGGAAGAAUACCACGGAUAAACUGUUACUUUUAGAAAGCUGACUAGUUCCGAUAUAAACGAUUGAGCAAAACAAAACAUGCGGCAGAAGAUAAGAGAGAGAGUUGUCCUAAAAUUACGCAAAAAGCAGAUUGAAUGAUGAGAGAGAGAGAGGCAGGCAUCAUGCGGGAAUGUGUCAAAUGUGUGCUGCUUGCUGGCCCGUGUGGCUCGCGGGGAGUCGGUAAUACAGAGCACGCGAUAACACUCCCGACCCCAUCUCUCUCGGAUCCAGCUCCAGGAUCCCCAUAAUUCCAAUCCAAAAGCACGUUUGGGAGAACGAACGGUGCAGAAAUGAUACGAUGGGAUGCAGGACGACGAAAAGUCGGUGGAGAUAUAACAAUACAACAUUAGUACUACACGUAAAGUCGUCAACAGAGGAUCGGUUGAUUGUUCGAGCGAUUAAUCGAUUAGUGUGUGUGUGUGUGUGCAUCAUGUAUCUCGUGUGAAACGUAGAUGUGUUGUGUGUGAGUGUGUCCAGGCUGCUGAAUGCAUCGAGAGAUGAACACUAAACAAAAAGUUAGCAUAAGCAUAACAAGGAUUUAACUCGUUGUUUGCGGAACCGCACUGUCAUUGGAUGGAUGUUAUGUUGUAGUAUGUAUUGGAUUCAGACUGUCCAUAAGCACACGAUCAAUCCAAGCAAAAUGCAGAUCGACGUUGUUUGCAAUUUUAUGUUCGAUAAAAACCACACGAAAUCGAAUGAGUAUCCACGAAAAUCCAAUGCGUCAACCGGCAAAAAAAGCCCGGAAGCUCCUACGACGAAGAUAAUCGAAAUGCGAAACCAUACGAUCACCAUGGAGAGAAAACACACACCACUACUACUACGACCGGAAAGUGAUUAUAUUAGUUGUGCAAACACACACACACACAAGCAAACCCACAGCAUGCACAACCUGAGCAGCCACUUGCGGCGCUUCUUCGUCGCAGGCGUCGAUAACAUCAAGCAUCCCCUACUUAAGUAUACAACUAGUGUAGAACAAUAGCCAACAACAUCCAAGGAAGCGGGUAGGGGUAAUACUCCACGGACCGGUUUUCCUUUUUUGGCCCAUCUGCAACGUGCAAUCAUGUCCACCACUACCCAGCGGCACCACCACCACCACCACACAUCUCCUAUCAUCGGUUAAAUCGUAUUCAGUUUCAUGGCGCGUAACAAAGCAGGCACGGAGAAGAGAUGAUGAGAAAAGAAAAACGAUUUUACACAGAAAGGGGAAGAAAACAGAAGCGAGCAAAACAGUUUGUGCUGGAAACACAACAACGGGUGUUGCAUCAUAUCUAAAAUCUCUCUCUCUCUCACUCACUCUCUCUAUAGUACCCUCCUGGCGUAGCAUAAUUGUAAAAUAGCAGGCGUUAGAGAGCAAAAUUACUGCGCGCGGGAACAGGCAAACCGAUUGAAAAGCGGACCAUUGAGCCAUCUUCUCUAUGUUUCUCUUUCCUGUCUAUCAUACGUUCCGAUAGGAUAUAGAAAGAUUGUGCUGACAAAAAAAAACACAAACACACACAAUGUCCAUCCGUCCGGCGGAAUAAGAAAAGAAGAGAGGAGCAGACAAGAUACUGCAGCAACAUGGGCCAAAAAAAACACACACCUUCUUAACAGCUUUCCUCACACAAAUCAGUUUUAUAGAUUUUUGGAACGUGUGUGUGUGUGUGUACUGGUUUUUCGGUUUAAAAAUUUAAACGUUAUAACGGUAAGCCGCUUGCGCUGGUGGUUGAACGGCAUGUGGCAUGUGAAAAUGGUGGCGGUGGAACGUACGCCACGGGAGAGAAGAACGGUUAUUCAGUUAGGCAUAAUGAUAAAAAAAAACCAAUAUUUUGAUUGCGGAGCGGAUCAUAAAAUAGUUAUCCUAUUUUUUUUCUCUUUUGCUUUCCUUUUCUGUUUAUUUUUUUAUACUUUAAAUUUUUGUAAGAUUUUCAUUUAUUAUUUUUCAUCCUUUGCUUUAAAUUAUAAUUUUGGGCCUAGCAAACACAAUGUUUGCAUUAGUUUUAAGGGGGAAGUUGUGUAAUUUUCCUACAUUACUACUCCUUUAUACGUUUUGUUUGUGCGCGCAUUGUUGAACCCUUUUCGCGCCUUGUGCGUAAUACUUGCACACGCACGCACGCACUGUUUCCCCACGCGGGGGGAUGAUAUCUGCUCUGUGUGUGCGUACAAAGGGUGUUUGCCAGGCAGGAAUCAAACGAUUUAUGUGAGAUGAAUCGCGGGCUAUUCAAUGUGCAGCAGGAGGGAAGGUUGGGGAAGCACGCACGCACGCAAACGGCGGCCAAUCUCAGGACGAAAGUCGAAGUCAGUAUUAGUCAGACUUGAGCGCUUGAACAAAUGGCCUUCCGGGGGAGUGUGUGUGUUGCCACAGGAUCACGCCCGCACCUUGAAUGCUCUUUUGGUGGUGAUGGGGUUGGUUGCAGCACCCGUGCAACCACCGCCAAACCAGAAUGUUAAAGCAAAAUGUAGAACCGUAAUCUUGUAUAAUGAUUUUGAAUCAUCCGGGGACGCACGCGCAGAAACCAAAACGAUGUAAAAACAAAAAUUAGAACAGAGAGAGAGAGAGAGAGGGAGAGAAAGCUAGCAAGGAUGGUAGAACAAAUGUGAUUGUGUUGGAUUGAUUGGUUGCAGUCCGGAUUUUUUUUACUACACUCAUUAAUGUGUUUAUGGCUCUAGAUCAUGCACCCCCAACCCCCCCCCCCCCCCCUGUAAUCUUAAUUUCGAAGCUAGAGCUCUCCCGUUUAGAUGUAUUACUCCAGGAAAGUGCUUGUAACAAAAGGAAAGCCAGGCAGCCAAACAGCAGCGAAAACAGUGUGUGUACGGGGCAAGAUAGAGAAGGCUAGAAGCGAAUGGUUAGGGGAAGGGGGGACGGGCGAUGUUGUUGUAGAGCUUUUGUGGCGAACGUAGUAUCAGCUAAGUUUUCGGAUUAAUUAUAUUUAAAAUCGAAAACGUCGUAACACUGGAAGAGAAGAAGUAAAGAAAAUAUAUAAAGCAAAAGCAAAUGGAGAAAAAUGUGCAAAAAAACAAAGAAAACUCUCCCCCCCCCCAGGACCAGCACUCAUCACCCCCCCCACCCCUAUAUGGAUGUUCAUUAAGAGUGAAAAAUCCAAAUAUUGCAGAUAAGAGGCAGCAGGAGAGAAGAGUUCCUUCACACACACACCUGCAUGAUGAGUUCCCGGCAGGUGGUGAAACAACUAGGAAAGAAUUUGGGGCCGGACGGCGCGGGAAAGUUAUUUUAAUAAUGAUGUACCUUCUAAGACGUGCGCCAUUGAAGGUGUGGUUUUCCAUAGCGUGACAAAAAAAAAUUCCUAAACGGGUUUUUGAUUGAUAUGUAGUGUGUCACAGUAUUGUGCGUAAAGCCCCAAACAAUCACCCUGCGCAACAGAGCAACCUACACCAGAACGACGAAAACAAGCAUCGAACGGCAUCGGCGUUCCUUCCCACUGCCCACUGGAAGGAAUGUGAGCAAGUGGUGUAUGUGUGAUCUAUAUGUGCGCAUGGUUUUCGCAGACAAAAGUUAAGAGAACUUCCUCUAGCAGAAAGCAGAAGAAGUAAACCAAGAUAAGAAAAGAAACAUGAUAAAGGGGGAGGGGGACACAAACGGAGGGGCGGGGUGAAAGGAAAAAAGGGGAAGCAACAAAUAAACUAAACACAUGAAUAUUAAACGAAGUAGAGCAACAUAGUAGACACUGACUUUUGCAACAGGAGCAGAUAGAGAAAGAUAUGAUAAAGAAGUGUGUGCGUGAGAGAGAGAGAGACGGAAAACACUGCAAGAGAAACUUAUCACACGUAAAAAGGGACGGAAGCCGGCAGAAGUAUAUUCACAACUUUAUAAGCAGCAGCUGUAAGAGCAACUUCAUAGAGAGAAGGAUUAAACUGAAAUUAAUGCAAGUAAAACGAAAACGGAUAUCUAGUGAUAGGAGAUUUGUAUAGACGGAUAGGCGAGCUGUGGCCAUCGCGAGACAUUGAAAGAUGGCCUCUCGUCUGUACAAAACCAACCAAAAGUGUUGUCGAUCGGCUUGUUCGCGCGUAAAAUCGAGCGUUGUUUUAACGUAUAGGCAAGGAUCCCGCCCCAAAAACCGGGCGCGGACGAAUGUCGCCAGUACCAACAGGUCAGCAGGAGUAGCGCCCUAGAACGUGACACGAAAUUGUUGUGCCCAUCCCUGGAAUCGUGUGAGCAUGCUAAGACACAGACCAACAAAACAACAGAUUGCUAAAACAAAAUGGGAUAACGAAAAGCAGAUAGCCUCGCGAGAAAGAAAAGGAAGAUGGAUGGCGAUAUUUAGUACGGAAAAUUCAUUGGACGGACAUUGAAUUGAAAAACGAAAAUGGCGCGCUUCGUGUGUGUGUGUGUGUUUCUCGGGAAAGAAAUCGCCAGAAAUAUGUUUUUAUAUUUUAUCAAAAAAAUCAACAACACAACACUGUAAACGCAUGCACGCUGAGCACAGCACGUGGCCACUGGGGCGGGUUGUGGCGUAAGGUGGCGUCCACGUGCAUGACAGUAUAAUAUAACGAUAACAGGUGGUGUGUCCAGCGUUUCAAACAUCUCGUUGCUCCACUAGUGUCGUGUGUCACCGAUGUGUGUGUGUGUGUGUGUGUGGACCCGUAAUGCGUACAGCGAAGAAUGCGACCCUAAUCCUACUUUGAAUUGAAGCAGCAAAAACGAUUAAGAGCAUGUAAGGUUAAACACAGCAUUAUGUGCAAAAACAUAGAAACAGGGAAGAGUGAACCAGUGGCAAUGCACUAGAAAAUGCAACCUUUAAAGCAAAUUUUGCCAACCAGAAGAAAAAACGGAAGGCAUCUCGUAAUAAUCUCGCAUGUGAAAGAGGAAGGACCGAUUUGGAUUUUUUUCUUUUGAAUGCCAAACACCCAUUCAAGUCACUUAGUUGUUUGAUGUUACAUGGUUUGUAAAGAAUCGAAGGGAAAGCUUGCACACGACGGUGAUAUGAUAUAGCAAAGGAAAAUGCCCAAAAACGCCAUGCAUACGUCGUCCUCCAAAAAAAAGGGUUGCGCUUCCCUGUAGAAUUGUUGUACACGCACGUCCGUAGUUCCAAUGACCGAAUGAUGCUCCAUUUGAUGAACGAUAGAACAAUAUUUGUUGGUUUUCGUUGCCGAUGCCUAACAUCUUACCAAGUUUUGAUCGCUUUUUACUUUGCUGUUGGUUAGCAAUGGUUCAAUAAAAGACAACUAGCUACAGCUAGAACGCUUAUAUCGAAAACGUACUUUCGCACACUUUCAUAUGAAUUUUCGAAAUUGUAAGAUCUUAGAAAACCCUUUCAGAGGUGUGCGAUAGGACGAUGGAAAGCAUCGAAGAAUUGGCCCAGAAACACUGAACACAGUAGCAAAUGGGAAACGAUAAUUAGCGGCUUAGUCUAUAUCGCAUCGAAUAAAAGGAAGGUGAUGAAUUGGUACAAGAAUUGUACAGGAAGCAAAGAAACAGAUGGAUGGCUGAAAAUCUUGCCCAAGUUCCUUCUCUGCACCAUCAUCAUCAUCGUCGCCACCAUCACGAAGGAGAUAACGAACACAGUGGAGUAACAGUAAUAGUAUAAUGUUGUGAACACAUCGGAAAACAGCUAUUGCAAAAAAAA